CAUUGCUACCAGGCGGGGGGUAAUUAGGCUUUGUAAAUGGCAUGUUAAUGCAUCGCUGUUACGAACAAUACUUAGUACGACCCCGUAGCAGAUGCAAAUGGAUACAUAAAGUUCCCGUUACACGGCUGCCGCUACUGUAACGGUUCCCCCUCGUCGUUACUUUGCGCCCGGUAUCCUGCCGCCUCGACCGCUGCCGGCCAGAUGGCAGCUCGCGCUAAUCUCUUUAGCACCGCGUGUUGCAUCUUCUGAGUGAGACAGAGAAGAAGAGAAGAAGAAAAAACAAGAGCUUUGUCGAGUUUUGGCUGCCCUGCCGUUCAGUUUUCUGUCAAAGUGUGGGUCAGAACGACGGAGAGGACUAUUUUCUUCUACAGGUGUGCGGAGAAACCGGUGAUUAACCGCACGUUCGCUUGUAUCCAAAGACUCGUUCCAGAGCAACAGGUCGGAUGCUCGUUGACGCUGCACUUUUUCUUUUUUUUCCUCCAUCUUUUUUCGCCGGGAGUCCUCGCCGACAGAUGGUGAAAUCCCAGCUAUCAUGUGAAGGCUUUGGUCAUGGUGUGUGUGUGUGUGUGUUUGUGCGAGGGUCUGAGAAAGUGUAACUGAGAGAUAAGCUUGGUUGCCUCACCCCAGGGGUACUGGCCUGUGUAAAAAAAAAAAAAAAAAAGAAGAAAUGUCUCCUGUAACCACAAAACCGUGACCGUCGUCACUUAUUCAAGUGCUGCUGGGAGGCUUCUGAAUGAAAUCAAGGUUCUUGAACAUUCUUCAUUACCCGUGGAUGUAGCAGAACCCCCGCUUAAGGUAUUCAAACCUGCGCCAUGCUGGACCCCUCGGAGAACCCGGUUCUCGCAUCUCCUAAUGUCAAAGGCCGGAGAUGGUUGGAACCGAGAGGCAACGAGGGAGGAGCGACCGCGGAGAGGGCGAAAAAGCGAAGACAAAAGCGGGUUAGAGGAGUCGACUGGGAGAGGAUGGAGAGAGGAAGGAGAGAGCAGCAGUGGCACUUAAAGAUGGAAUGCAACCAGACUAUCACAAAAUGCGUAGAAAACGGGGGGAAAUGCGUGCGAGGAGAAGACAAGAGCCCGGCAGAUGUUCGUGGGAUUUCCGGGAUUCUGUUAGCUGCUGAAACCGAAGGUGAAAUUAAGCAAAGGGAGAAAAGGAUGAGAUCCACGCAGAUUUGGCCUCUUUUUCCGUGGCCAUUUUACACGAAAAACAUCACUGUCAGAGGGAAAAGCAUGAUGAAAAGGAUGAAGUGGCAUCAUCUGUUCAUCUGGUUACCUCUCCUCUUCAGCCUGUGUCCCACACCUGCUUCAUCACAGGGACAUUUCCCUAGAAUGGAAAACGUUGCUGCCUUCAAACCCGUGUCCACCUCCCCUCCUCGCUCCACCUGCGGGGUUCCAGAGCGCGGCGCCUACUGUCAGCCGCCGUCCUCUCGGACGGAGCUGACGGCAUGUUCUCAGGCCUUCUGUGUCCAGGAGUGUCCCUAUAGAUACUCCACCCCUCCACAUGCCCCGCUGCUGCUGCCGGCACACAGGUCUGCAUGUAUAAAUGAGGACAGUAAUGACACUCGUCCUGGGACCACUACCGGUUCAGAGGAGGGUUCUGGUGGAUCCAGCAGUGUGCUCUUUCGGGUGGUCCAGGAUGGAUGUCUGGUCUCUCCCCCCUCUCAGACUCUAGGAGUGUUGGGUUCCCUCACUCUGGCCUUGUGGAUCAAACCAAGCUCUCCGGGAGAAAUGAUGCUGCUGGAGAAGAGCUCAGGGCAGCGGUUGAUUUUCUCUGUGACGGUGUCUGAGCAGAUGGUCACGCUGCGGUACGGUCCCACUCCUCUGACCGUCGGCUUCCGAACAGAGGGGAGGCUUACACGAGACAAGUGGACACACCUUGUUUUGCAGGUCUACGACAGACGUGUGAGUCUAUUCCUGGAUGGGUUGGAGGAGGAUGGGACGCCAUUUGACACACAACCUCUGACCGCCAGGCUCUCUGCCAUCAGCGAGGGUGGUGCAAUGUGGGUGGGACUCAGCUCCAACGGGUCUAAUCAGUUCAUUGGACGGAUGCAGGACUUUAGAUUUUAUCCUGUCGCUCUGACCAACAGGGAAGUGGUGGAGGUGUACUCGGGGGUCCUGCCCAAUCUCCAUUCCCAGUCAGAGUGUCGCUGUCCUCCCAGUCACCCCAAAGUACACCCUUUGAUUGAGAGAUACUGCAUUCCCAAUGGGGUUGAGGACACCACCAAUGACAGAGUCUUAAGACUCAACCUUAAUGGCCAUCCACUAAGCUACAUCAAUGAUCAGGACAUGGGAACCUCGUGGCUUUCUAAGAUCAUGACUACACAAGAACUGGAUGAAGGAGUCACUCUUACCGUGAAUUUGGUGAAUGGACAAUACCAGAUAUUCUAUGUUAUAGUACAGUUUGGUGGGCUCCUGCCCGAGUCCGUUCUGAUCCAAAGACGAAGGCUUGACCUCACAGUGCUCGAGAGUGACACCUCGACAGAACAGCCCUGGUCGGACUGGCAAUACAUGGCCAGAAACUGCAGUGUGUUUGAAAUGCGAAACAACGGGCCUUUGCUGAGACCAGACUCUGUCAACUGUCUGCAGCUGCCCAGCAACGUGCCAUUUUCAGGAGGUAACAUCACAUUUAGCCUUCUAACCCCAGAGCCAAACCUCAGGCCAGGCUAUAGUGACUUCUACAACACCCCUGCCCUCCAGAAGAUGGUACAUGCCACCCAGGUCAGGAUGCACUUGAGUGGACAGUACCACACCGUGGCAGACGGGGUGAAUCAGGGACACAGAUUCUAUGCCAUCAAUGAGAUCACGAUCAGUGGCAGAUGUGAGUGUCACGGCCACGCAGACCAUUGUGACACAAGUGUGACGCCGUACCACUGUCUCUGUCUGCCUGAGAGCCACACGGAGGGCAACAAUUGCCAGCGUUGUGCGCCGCUCUACAAUGACAAGCCUUUCAAAUCAGGGGACCAGCUCCAGCCUCUGAACUGCCGGUCUUGUCAGUGUCACGGCCACGCCUCCACCUGUCAUUAUGAUGUCAGAGCCGAUGACCAGCCAGAUGAGCACUAUCGAGGAGGAGGAGGCGUCUGUGACAACUGCAUGCACAACACCAUGGGUAAGAACUGUGAACUGUGUGUACCUGGAUUUUUCAAGCAAGCAGGAGCUGAUACCACUUCAGUUCACUUGUGUCAGCCUUGUAAAUGCAACACUGCUGGCACUGUCAACAGCAGCAUGGAGUGUGCCCAGGUAGGAGGUCAGUGUCCAUGUAAGGCUGCAGUAACAGGUCGGCGAUGUGUAGACUGUUUGCCUGGUUGGUAUGGUCUUAAAGCUUCAAACCCAAAUGGCUGCACCCGCUGUAACUGCAGUGACGCUGGCAUCAUCGACACCUCAACAGGAGAUCCCAGUUGCAACCAGGACACAGGAUUGUGCCACUGCAAACCGCAUAUCACAGGUCUGUCGUGUGACCGCUGUGAGUUUGGUUAUUGGAACUUGUCCCACCCAGACGGCUGCGUCCCAUGUGACUGUAGCCCCCUAGGUUCCCUCAGCCUGUUUUGUGAGCCUGAGGCGGGGCAGUGUGAGUGUAAGCCAGGGGUGGGGGGGCAGCGCUGUGACUAUUGCGGCAGGGGUUCGUAUGGUUUAAGAUUGGAGGGAUCCUGUGCACCCUGCAACUGCUCACAAGAAGGAACAGUACCUGGGACAGAGUGUGAUCCUCACGCGGGACAUUGUGUGUGUAAGGAGCACGUGGAGGGCCUACGCUGCGACACCUGUCGUCAUGGUUACCACACCCUGGAGCAGCGGAACUCCCUGGGCUGUCUGCCGUGUGAAUGUGACGUCCAUGGCACUGUGCCAGAGGGUGUUUGUGAUAUGUGGACCGGACAGUGCCCAUGCAGAGAAGGGGUGGAGGGGGCGAGGUGUACCAACUGUGCCCAUAACUACUACAAGAGCUUACUCAUACAGGAGGGGGUCUCCCACAUCUGUGUGCCAUGUAUUUGUGACCUCAAAGGAGCUGUGACUGGGUCAGUAUGUGACAGCAUCACAGGACAGUGUGUAUGUGUCCCCACACGCUAUGGAAAAAACUGCAGUAGCUGCCGACCUGGCUUUUACCUCUCAGCAGAUCAGAGUGCGUGUGCAGAGUGUGACUGCCAUCCGAUGGGAGCAUCACAGCGUGGUUGUGAGAGCCAUAGCGGACAGUGUGUCUGUGCACAUCCCUCAGUGGGAGGGCGACGCUGUGACCAGUGUCCUGAGAUGUUUUUCGGGUUCAACCCCGGCCUGGGCAGAUGCCAGCCUUGUGCAUGUGACCCGGGUGGCAGUAUCAAUGGUUCAUGUCAUCCAGACUUGGGGCUCUGUGAGUGUAAGCUGCUGGUAACUGGGGAUAAGUGUGAUGUAUGUCAACCUGAAGCGAGUCAUUUCGACCCUGAGAGCCACUUUGGGUGCAGUAGAGCACCCUCCCAGCAACCUGCACCAGUAGGUUCUGCUCUCAGUUAUUCCUCCAUUCGUCUCUCUUGGAAUCCACCCGAUUCCCCGAACUCAAACAGACUCAAAUACACACUCGUCAGGGAUGGAGAGUCAGUCCAUAGCAUUCAGAGUUAUUAUCCGUUCAGCCCUGAAUCAUUUGAAGACACUACUUUGUUUCCUUAUACCAACUACUCUUACUGGCUUGUAACAGCUAAUGUGGCCGGUACAACAAUAAGUGCAUCAGCCUCAUACCAAACUUUGGGCGCACCUCCAGAAGUAGAACAACUCCAUCUAAACCUUGUAGGACAACCCGGUCCGUCCACUGCUAGCUUUGACUGGAGCGCGCCACGGAAUGACACGGGCCCAGUGGAAAGGUUUGUCCUAUCAUCCGUGGAGUCUAGUGGAGCAGAGCCUGUCAUUCACUACUCAGGCCUCUCUACAGAGGCUGUGGCGAGCGGUCUGAAGCCAUUCACCCAAUACACUGUAAGACUGGAGGCGUGCUCGUCCGGCGGGUGCACUUCUACCCCACCGAUGUCUCUUCUGACAGCCUCUGCCCCCCCACAACACCAACCCACACCCAGGGUCUCUGCUACAGGACCUCAUACCCUGCAUGCUUCUUGGGAGCCCCCCAGUCAGCCAAAUGGUGUUAUCACAAGGUAUGAGCUGUUUCUUCAUGGACCAAUAGAAUCACAGAAUCCGUUACUUGCUGUUGAGAAGCGAGUGUUUGUCAGCGCUGGUUGGCUGGAUCCCAGCGUUUCCCCAGAAGAACGGCUCACCAAUGGGAGCUCAGUCCCACCCCCUGAGAGCAGCACCAUUGUAGGAAAUCUGCAGGCGUUUUCCACCUACGAGAUGAGAGUUGUGAGCAUCAAUAUGGCAGGAAGUGUGACAUCUGGGUGGACCACAGCACGCACCUUGGAGGGAGUCCCAGAAUUGAUGGCUCCUCCCGAAGUAUCGGCCCUGUCAUCCACCAGUCUCAACGUUUCAUGGAGUGCUACUGAGGGUCACGGGAUCAUUGCCAGAGGACAGGUUACAGAAUUCCGGGUCAACUUGCUGAAUGAACAGACCAACAAUCCCUAUGCUCCUCCGGUCAUUAGUCAGGUCCUGCAUAGGGUAGGACCAUCGUCACAGCCUGUUCAUUUAGUGGAAGGACUGAAGCCUUACCAUGUGUACAACUUCACUAUUACUCUCUGCACAAGCACGGGUUGCAUUUCCAGUCUGCCCAGCACGGGGCGGACGCUACCUGCAGCCCCAACAGGACUGUCUCCACCUCAAUUACAUCCAGUAAAUGAAACCACCAUUCAGGUAGGCUGGGACCCCCCAGCCCAACUCAAUGGACCAAACCCGCUAUAUCAGGUUGAAAGAGCAGAUGUCUCUCUCUCUGACCCACACAGUCCUGUUGUCAGGGGAACCAGAUUCUCGGGAAACGGUUACUACCAGUUUCCCAGUGACACCCUUCCUGUCAACACUGACUUCACAGGUGUUGAGUUGAGUUUCAGAACUCAUUCCCCGAAUGGCCUGCUGCUCUGUGCCUUUUCUCCAGGAAAUCAGGAAGAGUUCCUGGCCAUUCAGUUGAAAAACGGACAGCCCUACUUUUUGUUUGAUCCACAGGGCUCAGCGGUGGCGGUGAGAGCACAGGGUGACGGAGGGCGCCGCUACGAUGACGGACAAUGGCACAGCAUCAUAGCAGCCAGGCGAGGGGCCGUGGGAACAAUCGUUGUGAACAAUCAAUACCGAGGAAGUGCGUCAGCUUCCAGCGGCAGCACCAUCAUUGGAGAGAACACUGGGAUUUUCAUUGGAGGGCUGCCGGAAGACUUAACUUUGCUAAGGCAGGAUUCAGGUGAUGCUCAGCUGGUGCGACAGUGUUUCUCUGGUUGCCUCAGAGACGUGAGUUUUAAGAUGGCUGACGGCCCAUCAGAGGAAUGGAAACCUCUAGACUGGGAAAAAGCCACAAAGAAGGUGGCAGUGUAUGAAAGCUGGGAGGGAUGCCCCCUUCAAACUGUGCAAGGCGCCCAUUUUCUUGGUCACGGUUUUUUGGAGAUGGUCGGAGAUGUCUUCAGUGGAGGAGAAGACUUUGACAUUUAUAUGGAUUUCAGAACAGACCAGCUCAAUGCACUUUUACUCUUUACAUACGGCACACAAACGGAUGAUUAUAUGUUGGUGGAGCUGGAAGCCGGCCUCCUGUCAUUCGUACUCGCCGCCGAAGGUUACGUGACUGAACUCAGCAUGUGGGUGGGGCUCAGUUACUGCGAUGGAGACUGGAAACCGCUUUCACUGGCAAAACGCGGCUCGCUUAUUUCCGCGGCAGUCAAUGACUGGGCAGAGGAGACGAGGGGAGAGGCAGUGAGGCUAAGAGUUGAUUCGCCGUUAUACUUGGGAGGCGUGCCCAUGGAGCUCACACACCCUGCUCUGGACAGCCGAAGUCACAAACACGGUCUAGGAGGUUGCAUAAGGGGUCUUCACAUACGAAGUGAUGAAACGAACCCUCCUGUCAGUCAAAGUGUUAAUCUCUCUGUUGCCUCCCGCCGUUCUGUUAGAGUCUACUUAGACGGCUGUCCCACCGGUGAAAGCCAUUACAACUGCAGAGGAAACGAUUCAGUGUUGGUGUAUAGUGGGAGGAAGACACAGGCCACAGAUCAUAGCCUACAGCCUUUCACUGAGUACUUGUACAGGUUUGUUGCCGUGGCUGCAGGAGGUUGGGCAGCGGGACCUUGGCAGAGAGGGCGCAGCCGGGGCAAAGUGCCGAGGUCUGUACCACCUCCUAGCACAGUGCAAAGCUUGAAUGGCUUCAGUGCCAUGGUGAGCUGGGGGCCACCCACUGGGGACCUGAGAGGGCUGAUUGACAGAUAUGAGUUGAAGGCCUACAAUAGAGAUCAGCCAGAGGAACCACCCAUCAAAGCCAUAUACCUGGCUAAUGGAAAUUUAACAGGUGUGCUGCCCGGUCUCACUCCAUCGACUCGAUACAUUAUCACUGUAAGCGCCUGUAGUCCUGUUGGCUGCACGGAGAGUCUUCUUAAUGACAAUGGUGAUGAUAAUGAUUUGAGAUCGAGCCUCACAACCCCGGAGGAAGCUCCAGAUGUUGUCUUUCCCCCAGCUGCAGUCUCUUCCCCCUCAGUCCUCUAUGUUACCUGGGAACCCCCCGCAAGGCCCAAUGGAGGCAUUACAGAAUACCUCCUCUAUCACAACAACCAAAUGGUCUACAGGGGGAAGGACCGACAACACAACAUCACUGGACUUCGUGUCUAUUCCACCCAUGUCUUGGUUCUGAGCGCAUGCACAAAAGUAGGCUGCACCAACAGUUCACAAGUCACUUUGCUGACCUCUCAGCUUCCUCCAGGGCCCCUACACAGACCACGUCUUACACUACUUGACUCGCGGACUAUUCUGGUGGAGUGGUCACGUCCCUCUCAUGUAAAUGGCGUUUUGGAGUUUUAUUCCAUCUUCCUGUCACUGGAGGGUGCGGAACCUGUGUUAGUCUAUAACAGCUCUGAACUUUUUGAAGACCACACACUGCGCGACCUAACCCCAGGAACAGUCUACAGCAUCACGAUCGCUGCCUGCACAGGAGGCGGGUGUACCUUAAGCCCUCCCGGCCGGGCUCAGACUGAGGAGAGCACCCCAGAGAAUGUCCCCGCACCGCUGGUCACGCCUCUGUCCCCAAAUGCACUCAACGUCAGCUGGACCCCUCCAGAUACUCCGAAUGGCAUUAUAACCAGCUAUGGUCUCUGGCUGGAUGGAGCGCUCAUUUCAAACUCCAGCUCCUCCCUGAGGUUCCUUGUGGUCGAGGGACUCUCCCCGUGGAGCCGACACCUCCUCAGGUUGCAGGCCUGCACAGCGCGAGGCUGUGGCAAAGGACCGAUGGUGGAGGUGCGUACAUUACAGAUGGCCCCAGAGGGCCCCAUACUGUUGGAGCUGACCAAUCAGAGCUCUCGAUCGCUCCGAGCCCGCUGGACGGCCCCGCCGAGACCCAACGGGAACCUCGGCUACACACUGUACUACAAAAGCAAAGAUGGUGAGGGUGUGCUGGAUGGAAGUACAGCAGCAGGAGCCUGGUUGUCUGUGACUGACCUACACCCUUACACCAACUACAUCUUCUGGAUCAGAGGGUGUAACACAGAAGGUUGUGUGGAGAGCCUGCCGCUCAAUGUCACUACGCCCCCAGCAGCCCCAGAUGGAUUGUCACCACCGCGGUUGGCUCAUAGAACAAGUGCCAGUCUGAAUGUUUCCUGGUCCGGCCCGGCUCACUCCAAUGCACCGGGUCCACUCCGUUACAGCCUGCAAAUGAGGACAUCCCCUCAGAGGCCAGUGAUAAGGCUCGUGGAAAACGCAACGGAAACCUUUGCCUACCAUGUGGAGGGCCUAUCACCGUACACCCAGUACAUGUUAAGAGUGGUGAUCUCACACGCACACGGGCAGACCGUCGGCCCCUGGGCGACCCUGCGCACCGCAGAGUACAGUCCAGGACCAGUAGAUACUCCAGUUGUAUCCAGGCUCCAAUCUCGAAGUGUAACAACUACCUGGGUUCCUCCCUCCCAACCAAAUGGCAUUAUCACCAAGUAUACCCUCUAUCUUUGCCCCAGCUCCACCUCUACCUCUGAUUCCAACUCAAGCAGCAGCAUGACCCUCAGCUCCAGCUCAGGUCGUAACAAGAGCCUAUUGGCCAGCACUGAGCGUGCAUAUCUCAACUCAAGCCAUAACCUCAGGCCAACAUCAAGCCUUCUCAGCGCAGGCUUCAGCCACGUCUCCACGUCCACUGACGCCACGGGCCGUUAUGGCAGCUCAAGCACAGUCCAGGGCUAUAUUCCCGGCCUCCUCCCUAACACCCCCUCCAGUUUGAGUCAUGGUAUAACGGACGACAACCAGAUUGAGUCCAUCUCCCCCAGUGACAGCCCCAUUUCUGGUUUCUUCAGUGAAGUUUCAGAUUUGCAUACAUCCAUUGUAUCAGUCGCUGUUCCAGGGAACACCUCCAGCUACACUUUCUUCAACCUACCUCCCUACCAGAACUACAGCCUCCAGGUGGAGGCAUGUACCAGUGUGGGUUGCUCGGUGUCCGGGAUGUCUCAGCACUUCCGUACCCUCCCAGCUCCCCCUGAAGGGGUUCCCGCACCUCACCUUUACUCUGACACCCCCACCUCUGUGCUCUUGUCCUGGGGUGCACCAGAGUGGAGCAAUGGACCUCUAGAGCGGUGGUUGAUUGAACGCAGAGUUACUGGGACCAAACGAGUCUCCACAGUGGGCCAUCUCCCACCAGACCCUCCCCCUCUUUCCUUCCUCGACUCUUCAUCUGCCCUCAGUCCCUGGACAAGCUACCAGUAUCGACUUUCGCUCCAUAAUCAAGCUGGCAACACUACAGGACCCUGGGCCAACGUCACCACGAGGCCUUCUCGGCCGGCUGGUCUCAGUCCUCCGAGGGUGAAGGUCACAGGACCAGAGUCACUUCAGGUAACAUGGUCCCCUCCUCUUAUUCCCAAUGGGGAGAUCCACGGUUACGAGAUCCGCCUCCCAGAACCCCGCAUCUUCCAUGAGAGCGGCAAAGCUUCUGAGUUCAGCAUCCCAGUAACGGCCCUCGUCCCGUACACAAACUACAGUAUCACAGUGCUGGCAUGUUCUAACGGUGGUGGUCAUGUCGGAGGCUGCACAGAAAGCCUGCCUACGCCUGCUGCCACUUUGCCAACAAUCCCUGAAGGCCUUGAACCACUGUCUGUCGUGGCAGUCAGUGAGUCCUUCCUGGCCAUUUCUUGGCAACCACCAAGCAGGCCCAACGGACCAAACAUCAGAUACAAGUUGCUCAGACGUAAAACCCACCAGCCCCUGGCUGUCGCUGCGGUCCCCAAGGUAACAGCUGUGUCCCCUCCCCCUUCUGAAGAUCUCCAUCGCUGGCUCCAUGUUUACUCCGGCACCAAAUUGUUCUACCAAGAUAAAGGCCUAAGCAGAUUCACCCGUUACCAUUAUCAGUUAGUGGUACAUAACGACGUGGGCCGCUCCUCAGGAGAGAUUGUUACCGCGGUGACCAUGGCGGGAGUUCCCCACCACCCUCCGUCUCUGUCUGCCCACGCUGUCAAUCACACUGCUGUACAGGUCACCUGGACACAACCCUCUUUGCAGGACCUACAGGGACAGGUGGAAUUCUACUUUCUGACAAUAAUGUCUGCCCAAUUAAGUAAAGUCUUGGUUUUCCCCCCUGAGAUCCUAUCCGCAGUGAUAAGCAACCUUUGGCCCAGCACCACAUACCUGUUGUCACUACAGGUUUCCAACGGAGCUCACAAUACAACUAAGGUGGAGGUUAACGUCACCACACAGGAUGGAGAACCAGCCGGGAUUUCCGCCCCAGAGAUGGUUCCAGUUAACAGCAGCAUAGUUCGUGUGCUUUGGUCGCCUCCUCUACAGCCCAACGGGGCAGUUACUGGUUAUAGCAUCUACCUUAAUGACCAUCUUCAUGGUAGUGUAGACAACAGCUCAGGCUCCUACCUGCUGGGCAACCUGCUGCCUUUUACUGUCUACAACGUACAGGUGGAGGUCUGUACUGUGUAUGCAUGUGUGCGGAGUAACAUUACUCAGACGACUACUGUGGAAGACCUGCCUGCUGACCUAGCGCCGCCGCACGCACAUGUGAUCAAUCCCAGGGUGGUGAGGUUGGACUGGUCCCAUCCAGGCAGACCCAGUGGCAUCAUGCUGGGCUAUGAUGUUUUAAGACGGACCUUGAGGUCAUGUGCCAUCGGAUCAACGGGGGUCACAUCCUCUGUGGAGGACGUUCCGGGCGGUGUUAGGUUCAGAUGUUUGUACCUGCAGUGUCUGGCCAGUCAUGGUGUGUGUGGAACGGCCUGCUUCGAUCCUGACGUUCAGGUUUGCUGCAGUGGGUUCCUGUACACUAAGAAACCACGUCAUGAAUGUUGUGAGGGGAGCUACCUGGGUUCCAGUAAUUCUUCCAAUCCGGUCUGCUGCAAUGGCAAACUGCUCCCAGCAUCCCCUGACCACCACUGCUGUAGAGGAAACUACAUUCAUGUAAAAACCAACGAAAAGUGCUGCCCUGACCACGAGCAGGGCCGGGUCUCAGUAGGGCCGGGUGACAGAUGCUGUGGGGGGGUUCCUUACUCCAUGAAAGGCGGCCAGCUUUGCUGUAGUGGGAGACUCCGUGAUGGCUAUGGGGUCCAAUGCUGUGGAGGCCGAAUUGUAGAUGAUUUUCUAGUGUGCUGCGGGGAUGCUGAGAGGGGGGACGCGCAUACAUAUACCCCAGGUUUUGCCUGCUGUGGUACGGAGUACAUAAACUCUUCGACCUCUCUGUGCUGUGUGGGUAAUGACGGAUAUCCCACAUUGCACGCUGCUGGCAAUGCCACUGUGACACUGCAGUGCUGUGGGUCAAAGGUCAUACAUCAGGAGGAGGAAUGCUGCAAUGGCAUUGGCUAUGACCCUCAACGACAUGUGUGUGCAGAUGAACCCACACCCGGCCUGUUGAUACAGCACCAGUGUUUGCAGGGGGCCGUGUGUCCUGUGGCUGCAGCUUCUACAGCUUACUGUGGCUUGUGUGACCUCGAUCCAUCUACGAGCUCCUGCACAUGGGUCCUGUCUGCGCACCGUGAUAAACCCUCCACGACAUACUCACCUUUCCGUAACACCACUCAUGAAACUCUCAGAAGGGACCCGUCUGCAAAUACAAGCGGAAGUGAUAACACAUACAAAAUGGCAGACACAUACAGUCACACACACACUGAGAAACUGCCAUCCGAGGGAAGCCUGUGCCCGUCACAUGAGGACGUAGUGUACAGCGGAGAUGCCAACAGAUACACCUUUACAGACUCUGACCUGGAGCCCUUCACCACCUAUGAGUACAGGGUGAGGGGCUGGAACAGCUUUGGUCGAGGCUCCAGUGAUGUCACAACAGUGACCACCAGUGAAGACAAGCCGUGGGGAGUGGCACCGCCUCGCUGGAGUCGCGUAGGUGAACGAGAUGACAUCAUCCAGUUGCUGUGGCACGCUCCAGCCAGGCGUAAUGGUGACAUCACCCACUACAUUAUACUGCGGAAUGGACAAGAACGUUACCGUGGGGAGGAAAACAGUUUCACUGAUGUAGGCGGGAUCAGGCCUUUCAGGGAAUACACUUACCAGCUGAGGGUCUGUAACCGGGCUGGUUGUACCGACAGCUCACAGGUGGUGGCAGUGACAGCCCAAGGAGUCCCAGAGGACGUGCAGCCUCCAGAGGUAACAGCUUUAAGUCCUUUCUCCCUCCAUGUGAGCUGGUCUGAACCCACUCGUCCCAACGGAAACAUACAACAGUACCGCCUGAACCAGACCGGUGUAGGAACCAUAUGUACGCACAUCGAUGGGCCCAGAAAUUACACUGCGACUGGUUUGCAGCCGUACACAGACUACAGUUUUGUGCUGGUGGCCUGCACAGCUGUUGGAUGUGGAGCAAGCUUACCUUCCACAGGACGCACAAUGCAAGCCUCCCCUGCUGGAGUAUGGUCAAGCCCCAGACAUGUGGUAAUAAACACAUCUGCGGUUGAGCUGUACUGGGAUCAGCCGCUCCAGCCUAAUGGACACAUCUCCCAGUACAGACUGAACAGAGACGGCGACACUAUUUUUACGGGAGACCACCGUGAGCAGAAUUAUACUGACACUGGACUCCUGCCAAACCGCAGGUACGUGUACGAGCUGCAGGCCAGCACAGGCGGUGGGACCGGUGUGAGUGACAAAUAUGUAAUACAAACGCCAGUCUCGUGCCCCACUGGGAUCCAACCUCCCCAUAACGUGACCGUGUUGGCCCCGAACUCCAUCUUUCUUGCCUGGACCACUCCUGCUCAGCUCAACAGCAGCGAGCCCGUAAACUACAUGGUCCUGUUAAAUCCAGAAAGUGACGGAGCCAUAUUGCGACCUGCUGGCCAAGAUCGGCAGCUCACUGUGACGGGUCUGGAGCCAUUCACCGCCUACCACAUCAGAGUGCAGGCCUGUCAAACUGACGGGUGUGGUGUAGGAGAGGGGUUUUAUGUGCAGACUUUAGAAAGCGCUCCAGAAGGUCUGCGGCCUCCCACAGUAAAGGCAGCUGGACCCAGAGUCCUGGAGAUCCACUGGUCACCCCCCAAAAAACCCAACGGACUCAUCACAUCUUACUAUAUAUACAGGCGUCCACUAGGAACCGAGGAGGCGCUGCUGGUUUUUAUCUGGUCCAGUGGGCCGCUGGAGUUUUACGAUGCCAGCCCUGCCCUGUGGCCUUUCAGCUACCUGCAGUAUAGGGUUCGCUCACAGAACUCCAAAGGCUCAGUUCUGAGCCAGUGGGCUUUAGCGCAGACGUUACAGGCCGAGCCCCAAGAUAUGGCCUCUCCCACUGUCACACCCAGCGGUGCAUACUCGGCCCGUCUGAAGUGGAGCCAACCGGGGCGGCCCAACGGUCCCAUUUCCCAUUAUAGACUGGUUUACGAGAAGCACCAACAAGACCCAACGCUCAACUCGACUGAUGUUACUGCUCUCACUGUCGAGGGAUCGGUCCGAGAGGCGAGCGUAUUUGGUCUGGAACCGUACAGCCAGUAUAGCCUACGAGUGGAGGCUGUGAACGAGGCAGGUAGCGUGUCCAGUCCGUGGGUUACCAUCAUGACCCUGGAGGCUUCUCCGGCUGGCCUGGCUAACUUCACAGUGGAGCAGAGAGAGCAGGGCAGAGCGCUGCUGCUUGUCUGGGAUGAGCCAAGUGCUCCAAAUGGAAUAAUCACGAUGUACAACUUGUACAGUGAGGGGAACAUGGAAUUCAGCGGACUAUUGCGCAGCUUCCUGUUUCGUCGUUUGGAGCCAUGGACCACGUAUUCUUUGAUUCUUGAAGCUUGCACCGUAGCAGGCUGCACACAUACUCUACCCCAGCUUGUCACCACAGUAGCAGCUCCACCUGCUUUACAGCCCCCUCCCAGGCCUCUCUUUAUUGGCCCAGACCGUGUGACCCUUACCUGGGGCCCUCCCUCCCAGCCCAACGGGCCAAUCGGAGAGUAUUAUUUACUUGGGAGAAUUUUGGAGGAAGUGGAGAUAGGAAGAAGCAAUGAAGAGGAUACUGAAAGUGGAAAGGUGCUGUUUAGAGAAUCCUCCCCACAACAUGCUGACUCCGUCUCAUAUACAGUGACUGGUCUGCGUCCCUGGACACAGUACCAAUUCACUGUCCGGACUCACAACCCCGCAGGACACACCCACAGCCCCUGGGUUACUGUGACGACCAGACAGGCCCCUCCUCGGGGUCUAGCCCCCCCAAAAGUGAGUCACCUCCAAGGCCAGCCCAGUGCGGUGUUGGUGUCUUGGACCCCUCCUUUGGAGCCCAAUGGGAUUCUCCAGUCCUACAGGAUUGAGAGAAACAACGUCAGUUUCUCAUUUAGUUUUGAUCCGAUUGUCCUCAGCUACAUGGACGAAGGACUUCUGCCAUUUUCAACAUAUAGCUACUCAGUCAUAGCGUGCACGUCUGAGGGAUGUAUCACCAGCCCCCAUACAAACAUCACCACUCUAGAGGCUCCACCUGCCACAGUGGAGAUUCCCACCGCGGACAGCGUCACUUCCAACAGUAUAAACAUUUCCUGGAGUAAACCGCUGACACAGAACGGAGAGGUCACUGAAUAUGUCCUGAAAUUGAACAACGAAGAAACUUAUCGUGGGAGGGAGCUAAAUACAGAGUUGUUAGAUCUGCGACCACACACAUCAUAUCAUCUGGUCCUUUAUGCUUGUACCAACGGUGGAUGCACUGCCAGCGCCACAAUGUCCGCAGUGACUGAGGAGGCUCCUCCCACUGGCCUGGCCUCCCCGACUCUUAAGGUCACCGGCCCAGAGUCAGUGGAGGUGAUCUGGAGACCACCAGAGCACCCUAAUGGCAUCAUCACAGGUUAUGAACUCCGCAGAGAUGGGGAGGUUAUCUAUGUCGGGACUGAGGUCCAUUACCACGACUUCACACUGGUGCCAAGUGUAGAAUACAGCUACGUUGUCAGGGCCAACAACAGCAAAGGAGCAGUGAGCAGCACAGCAGCCACAGCAAAGACUCCUCCGUCGGCUCCUUCUGGUGUCGGUCUCCCCACACUGACGCCUCUGGGACCCGACCAGGUGAGGGUAGAUUGGAGUACUCCGGCCCGUCCUAAUGGAGACAUUGUGAGUUAUACUGUCUAUCAAAGAGAUCCCGUCCAACUCCGAAUCACCAGCACCGUGUUCACUCCGGAGGACGGUGACUUCUCUGACAAACACACCACUCUGCGUGGGCUUGCUCCUCACCACAGGUAUGAAGUGAGGGUGGAGGCGUGCACUGUGCUCGGCUGUUCCUCCAGCGACUGGGCCUCUGCACUCACCCUGGACGCUCCUCCUGCAGGACAAUCAGCGCCACUGUUGGACCUUCAGCCCGACACGCACACCGGCCUACAGACCACCUUUCUGCUCACCUGGUCCCCUCCAGCUCAGCCAAAUGGCAGAGUCCUCCAUUACGAAGUGUACCGCAGACUGGGCCCUACCACGGAUAGACGUGAUGCUGCGGCACUGGUUUACAGGAAUAUCUCUACUACUUGUAAAGAUGAAUCCCUGCAGCCGUUUACUGUGUACGAGUACCAGGUGUGGGUUGUGAAUCUGGCCGGUCGUUCUGCCAGCUCGUGGGUCGAUGGGCGAACAGGUCCUGCCCCGCCUGAGGGUUUGGGCACACCUGUUUUCCUGCAUGUUUCAGCAACGUCAGCACUAGUGGAGAUCCAUCCUCCCGCGCAGCCCAACGGGGUUGUAAGCCUUUACAGAGUGUUCUCGGUGAACUACAACAACCAUACUCUGCUGUCAGAGGGUACAUCCCAUCAGCAGACCCUCCAUGGGUUACGUCCUUACACUCAGUACUGGGUUGGAGCAGAGGCCUGCACCUGUUAUCAGUGCUGUAGUCGGGGUCCACUCAGUGAGCUCUACACCCUUGCAGCCCCCCCGGCCCAGCAGCCCCCCCCUCGCCCCCUCACCCUGACCUCCCGCUCCGUGCAGCUGGAAUGGGAUGAGCCUUUGGCACCUAAUGGAGUUAUUGAGAGCUGUGAACUUCAUCUGAGAUCACCCUGCCCGCAGCCUCUCCAGCCUGUGCCGCUCCCUUGCAUCAAAGGGCCAAUGGAAAUCACUUUCUUUGGUAAAAGGAGGAGCUACAAUGUGACAGGUCUCCAGCCAUACACCAACUACCAGCUGAGAGCUGCCUGCUCCAACAACAUGGGCAGCACUGCCUCCAACUGGACUUCUGUUACAACACUCAGUGAAGCCCCACAGUAUGUGUCUCCUUUCCCGGUGGACAGCAACCUGACGGUUAUUUGGCUGGACUGGACGGGGUCCUUCUCCCUCAACGGCUACCUGAAGGAGUUCAGUGUGACGGAGAGCCAGCUCCGGGUCUACACUGGUUUCUACAGCUAUCUCCAUAUUCCACGCACCUCACAGAAAACUUUGUCAUUUCAGGUGACUUGUACCACAAACAGUGGGAGCGCCAGUACUCCCACCAUCAGAUACAGCCCCGCCACAGGCCUCGGUCCUCCCGAGCAUGAGGACAUCGGUAAAGAGGGCCUCAGCAUGUCAGCAACGCCGGUUUACUCUGAGCUGUGGUUCAUCUUGCUGUUAUCGCUGCUCGGCCUCUUCCUGCUUGCCCUCCUGCUGGGCCUCGUGCUGCAAAGAGCCCUAAGGAAGAAUCCAUCGGCCAGAGAGCGCCCCCCGCUGGUCAUGCUUCAGAAGACGCGGAAGGCCGGGGGAGAGGCGUACAUGAGGCCCUGUCCUGAAUUGUGCUCUAAACAUCACUCCAGCUCUGUGCUGCUUCCUGACCGUUCCACAUUUGACACUGUAGCAGACUGUGUUGAGAUCAGCAACGUUAUACUUAAAAGCUUCACUGUGUUCACUGAGGGUCUGACCGACACAAAGAUAGUCGGCAGCAGCUCCCGCUUCAGCCCCAUGUCGGUCCUGCGAGUCCCGAGCCAGACAGACCUCAGUCAGGCUUACUCCCAGCAUUCCCUGCACCGCAGCGUCAGUCAGCUGAUUGACAGGAAGUCACUAAUGUUGGAGGAAGGAAGCUGGGACAACCCACUGGGACAUGACUCUGGACUGUGUGUGGAGGAAGAGGAGUUCGUGGACGCCAUUAAGUCCUUAAGAGGAGGGAAAAAGGAGCAAACCAUGUUCACUGACACUCAUCUUUAGGAUCCCUGCAUCUCAUCAGGUGCCGCAGUCGAGAAUCAAACCUAGUUUCGAGCAAAACUAGAAAUACAUAGCAGGUAUUUGAUGUUAGAUGAGGACAGAUAGGAACAUCUCACAACGCAUGAAAUAUGAUUUAGAAAGUUAGAAACAAAUGUCCAGUGAAAACAGCCGGCUGUCUUAUCCGACUGCGUGUGUGACUCCCCGUUGGGACUAAAAGCCGUAACUUGAGCAUGAAUGUAGUUUGAAUAUGGACUUCUUCUCAGAUAAAGAACCAAUCGUAUUUGACUGUAUUAUUGGUCGCUGUCUCCACUUGCCAACUGUUUAGUUUACUCGUUUAAAAAAAUGUAUAACUAUCCGCUAUAGCAGGUUGGCUUGUCGUUAUUUGGAACCAAACUUUUGUAGAAGUAUCGUACCAGUUUCUAUGAAAGGUUUCAUUGACAUGGUGCCUAGUGAGCUUUCAAUACGUCAGCAGCAGCUCUGGUCCAUUAGCUGAAUAAGACACGUGGCCUUAAUACAUGGCCAACGCCAACUCUUUUUUUCUUUAUUGUCUUCAUUUUAAUAUUUGAAAUGUGUCUGGGAAACACUGAUGUGCCGUCUGAUUGGUGUGAUUAUGUGAUGUCUUUUGAAAGCCCAAUCUGAGAUUUCUUUUUCUCCCAUAUCAGUUGUUGCGGUAAACAAUUUUAGAUCAUGAAAUUAAACUUUGUUUAACUUGUAAAGAUUAAUGUAAGUUGGAUUUCAUAAUUUUGGAAUCCAGGAAAUAAAAAAGUCCUGUUUUAAAGUUAUAGCAGGAAUACAACUUUGUUUAGAUUUGGAAUCAACAAUCUAAGCCUUUAAUUUUCAAGUUAAACAUCAUAGAAACAGUAUUUAUGACAACAGGAUAUUUCACUGUGUGGUGUUACUGAGUGAUGGUAGUGUUUUUAUGUACAAAGUUAAAUAUUGUUGUGAAAACCCUUUUCCUGUUUACACUGUCAGUAUUAUUUAUGGUUGUUGUAAAAAAUACGUCUUAUUUAUAGAUGAUUCAUUGAUAAGUGUUUGGGUUUUUCUGAGUAAAGAAUUGUUGAGAAAAUA